AUGGCGAGUUUUAUGAUGGCCACACCAUUCCCAGGUUGUCUCACUCAACGCAAGAAAACAAACAAGCUGUCCCCUCAGAGAGCCUUAAAGGUAACAUCUAUGCAGACACCGUUGGAGGAGCUGUACAAUGUUAAAGUGGAACGGAAAGUGUCACAGAGACGGUUAGAGGAGUUAGGGGUUUCGAGAUGGUCAGUUUGGAAGACUGGGAAAUGCAAAUUGCCGUGGGACUGGCAGGUGGAUCAGUUGGUUUACAUUGAAGAAGGAGAGGUUCGUGUUGUUCCCGAAGGUAGCAAGAGGUUUAUGCAGUUUUUGGCUGGAGAUCUUAUUAGGUAUCCGAAAUGGUUAGAGGCUGAUCUUUUCUUCAAUGGUCCUUACCGUGAACGGUAUUGUUUCAAGGCCUAUGGUGAUGAUUGA